GGUUAUUCAAAAGUGAUUGAAUUUGGGUAGUAUUUCAAAGGUUGCUAGGCUAUCCAAAAACAUAAUAUAACAAAUGUACUAGAAUUCUUGUGCCACUAAGAGUGAUUUUAUGAGUGAAAAUUUUUGUAAAAGGAAAGUCAGCAUACAACCACAGACCACUUGUGUUUCUCAUCACUUCUAAAGUUUUUUUGCGUAUAAAUGCUUUCAAAAUAGUGGUAGAUAAACAAACACCUGAAAUAAAGGAAAAACUUCCUGGGAUCAGCGGUUGCUUUUUGUGUGAUAGAACUAGACAGGGGCCGUUCCAGUUAUCGCAACCCGGCUUACGCAUAUUACUCUAUUGAACUGAGAGUAGAAUGCUGGACUACUUUCAUGGGAAAGAAUCCAAGCAGGAAGAGAAUAACAGUCUAGUUAGCAAUAGAUCUGAAGCUUCAAAGUUUACCUCUAACGAUACUGGAUUAGAUGUCGCCUCAUUAAAGAUUAUUGAGUUGUCAAAAAAGAUUAGAGAGUUGAAUGCUGCACUUAUCAGUGAGCGAAAUAAAUGCAAUAACCUGCAUCAGACAGUUAGGAGGCUGGAGUCCAGUAAUCAAAGUAAAGAAGUUGUUGUUUGCCACUUGUGUAAGCAAAGCAAGACGCCAUACACCGAGGAGAAGUUGGAUGGUACAGCUGAACGUAUGGAACAGGAGAAAAAGCUGAAGAAACUAGAGUCUGUUGUCUCAGAGCUGCGCCAGAAAGUUCAAGUCUUAAAUCGUGACUUAUUACUGGCUAAAAAGGUAGUUGAAGCCGAAACAGGCGAGGUUAUACCCAAUAUCAGCACUUGGUUAACUAAUAUGCGGCUAAAGAACGGAAUUCAGGAUGGUGGUACAUGCUCAUUAUUGCCAAACUGGCGCGGUCGACAACAACAGAUAUCUGCAUUGAAAAAUCGAAUUGCAAAACUACAGUCUCAACUCAAUGCUAAAAUGAUCUCUCGUUCAGAGGAUCUUGUUUGCAAACAAAAUGCAGAGGAUGAAUUAUUCUCUGGUGCAACUUCAUUUGGCAUCAGUUACUUUCAAGAGGAAGGAGAACUGCAAACGCCGAAAACAUGUCAUACGCCUACGUUUAAUCAUCUGACAGAACAGCAUUUAACGAAAUCCUCUGCGAAACAACUACAAGACGACAAAAAGCACUUAGAAGAGGAGUUGUGCUCUACUAAAAGCAAACUUCAAAAAACAAAACAACGCGUUAACAAUCUUGGACAAGAGCAAAAGGAGCUUAAAAAACAAAUUGUUUUCCUUAUACAGAAAGGAAAACAUGACGAUGAACUUAUAGAAUCACUAGUUCAGCGUAAUGAAUGCCUACAAAAAGAAGUUGUCAACAUGCAAAAUUUGAACACAGAGAGAGAAAAGGAGAUAGAAAGGCUUAAUCAGGAAUUAUCGAGUCUAGAGCAAAGAAAAGAAAUUGAAGUAGAAAAAUUAAAGGAAAUAAUUGCUGAGAAAAACGAGCACAUUGAGAAUGUAAAUAAAUGUCUUGCUGAAGCGAAUCAGAAGAAAGUGAAUGAUUCCGAAUGCGAACUGGAGAACAACAGAAUUGGAACACCAUCGAACUCAAAGCAUCAGAAUAACUCCUCCUCCUCCUCCUUCUUCAUUGAUGGCGAGUACGAUCUGGUUAAAAGUCUCACAACUGAACGUGAUGGAUUACUAAAGUUAAUAGAAGGCAUGGAAUUCAGAAUUGAAGAGCUGCUUAGUCAGAAAAACACUCUGGAAAUACAAAAUGCUCAGUUGGCGAGAAGAGGAAAUGAUGACAAACACUACUGCACAACAAAGUUGAAGUCUUCUACAAAAAGGGAGAAAAUACCCAACAUUAGCAAUUCAGAGACAAAUGAAGACGAUACAAUGCUAGACUAUUUACUGAAUAGUAAUUAUGUCAAGGAUGUGAUCUCUCAAUGCAAUCUAUCCGCUCAUUCAGUCAAGAUAAUAACAAAGUGUAUAAAAGAAUUACAAACUGCACUGGCCAGGUGUCAUGAUGAGAUAAUAAGCUUGAAAGGCAAUCUAAAACUGACCUCAGAUUAUCGUAAAGAAGAUUUGAAAUUGGUUAUGCAAAUGGUUGAAGAGAUGCGACAACAGCAGAGAAACAAAAGCUCAACUUGACCGAUCAGAUAAGGUGUUCUUGGUGGUGGUGGUGGUUGUACAUACACACUGACUUGUCAUUGACGUCGGUUAAUAUACAAAUCAUUGUGAUAGCAAAAAAGAAAGUCUUUCAAAUGACAGUGUAUACAACAGUCUACUGGAUCAGAUAUCAUUCCAUUAUUUGUAUGCUAAUUUUUUGUGAACAAAUUACACAGG